AUGGCGGACAUCAUUCAGCGGGUGAUCGAUGCUUCCGCCCGUGGCGACUUGUACGCAGCUCUGGGAGUGGCGCCACUACCACAACAAGGAGAUUCAGCCGUAGACGCUCUGAGACGCUGCACUGUUCUCAAGGAUUUGCCCGUUGCUUCUAUCAAGUCUGCUUAUGUUUCCGUGUCAUUGGCUUGCCAUCCUGACAAGUGCAAACAUGAAAAAGCAACUGAUGCACAAAUAGCAGUGAACAAAGCAUGGGAAGUCCUCCGUGUCAGUGCUUCCCGAACUGCAUAUGACAGUAGCUUCAGGGCAAUGAUUCAGAGAGAGAAUGAAGCAAAGCAGCGGGAGGAAAUGAGAAAACAAAGGCAAACACAACCGGCUAUCACGCCCAAAAUGUUUCAGCAACAAAAGUGUGAAGAUCAUACAAAGGCUGGCAAGAAAGUAAAUGCAGAGAGCAGUCAGAAAGGUGAACAAAAUGCUGAGACUGAGACUAAGAAUCCAACCAAACCAGGCAGCAAGAAAGAGACUGAUUCCAAAGAAAAGGGUGGACCACAAACAACCUGGGAUGUAGGUACUUCUACUCUCAAAGAGCUCAAAACAGCAAUUUCAGUGAAGGUUUCAGACAGCGUGACAAGGAAAUUUACUUUCAAGGAAUGGCAAGACAGAAACGUGGCCAAACAAGUUGCGGAAAAAUUUGCAAAGUCCACCUUGUCCAUCAUCAACCAAUUUGAUUGCGUGAAGCUCAAGAAGGACAAGGCAGUCUUCGCCCAACAGCAAGGAGUUGAGUCCACUGGCAAGGAGACUGUUGCAGUUCUCCGCGGCUUGCUGGAGGAGGUCAUCGGUUCUGGGAAAUGCAAAUCAGUUGAAGCAGACCUGCGCUCGUGCUUUCAAACUGCAAUUGGGGCAACUACUGUUGGCAAAGCAGCGCAGGUGGUAGAAGGGGUAACCUUCAAUAGCUUCAAAAAUGUGUUCCAGGCAUCGAUCAAAAUUGAUGAUCAAGCUUACAUCAAGGAGUUCAAAUUGAAAAGUGAUGCAGAACAUUGGGUGGACAUAGUCAAAGCUUUGAAACACAAGGAUCUGUUGAAGGGCCACUUUGCUACCCUCAAGCAAGCUGCUGCAACCAGGGAGGCUACUCAAAAGGCUUUCGAUUCAAUCGUACAUGCCAAGAAUGUGUUCGUCCCAGAAUCUCAGAAAACUUUUCAAUAUGAUCCUGCCGAGGGGAAAGAUGUUUGGUCCAACAUGUUCAGCAAGUUCGAGGAUGUCCCUGACAAUAUUCCCAAGAGCAAAGUUUGGCUUGCCCAAGUAUCUUUACAGGAACUGACUGUGCAGGGCUUUAGCUCUCCUGUGUAUGCUGACAUUCUGGGCUGGAGACAUAAGAUGCUUGGCUACCGUGGCAUUCAGCUUCUCACUCAUGGGGAGCAUGAGACAGCUACGGAAGAGGUUCGGGAAUGCGCAACUGGCCGCAAGCUGACACAUGUGGGGUUCAUCAGGUGCAUUUCUUCUUCUACAGAUCAGCCCACCCUUGCACCGAAAGAUCUAGAGAAGCUGAAGGACUGUGCCUCAAAGAACUCUGGGGUUGGAAUUGCCAUCAUUGUUACUUACCCCACCAAAGUUGGAUGUGUGAAGGCCUGGGAAUGGAGAGGUGGAAGUGCAGCUUCUUCCUCUUCUGCAGUUGAAGUUGGGUUGCAAGAAGUGUCUGUGGCUACCAUCAUUCGCAGGGUGGAAGGGGAAAAAUUCACAAUUGAACCUUUGGCACCUGCACCUCCCGCAAAGACUCGUUUCUUCGAGGACAUUCAAUCUACAUUUGACAAGCAUGUUGCUGAAACGUCUAGUGUUCCCACAGAAGACAAGUGUUCUUUUCAAAGGCUUCCAAUUCUGGGAGAUGGGUACUGCUUUUGGCAUGCAUAUCUACGAUGCACCCUGGUGGAUGACUACAAUGUGUACAGAAACAAAACCUCUGGUGGGGCCCACUCUAGGGAACGAUUGGUGGCUGAGAUUUCCAAUGCCAAGGGUCUUUUCCAAGAGUUUAUGAACAAGCACAAGUUAGAGUUUGAACUUGGUGGUCCUGAAGUACCCCUAUCACAGGCAGACCAGAUCUUGCGACAUCUGAACACGCGCUUCCGCAUCACCGUUUCCCAAAAGGUGCUGGAUGAGAACCCCACAAUGACUGGAGAUGCUUAUUAUGGCAACCCAGAAGCUCCUCUCAGAGGGCACAUGUUCUUCCGAUGGUUGACAGAUCCUGGUACAGGAAAGGUGAAUGCAGGUCACUACGAUUUGUUGACCCCCAGCGAUGGUGGUACCAUCAAAUUGCCUCAAGAUGCACCAGUACAUUUUUCACCUUCUAGUGAUGAAGCAACUUGGGAUUGGGGCAAUGGGGAAAGCAGUCAGGGCAAUCAAGAAGGUGACCCUCACAAACCGUUUGAACCCGAAGUUGUGGAUCCUAGCGGGAAAGGCGCAAAGGACACAGGCAUGGAGGAUGACAUGAUGGUUGGCAAAGAUGUGCAGGUGGAAUCUGAACCAAAGUGUGCACAGGGUAAUGAGGACACGGCAGACACCAAAAAUCUGUUUGGCGGUGACAGUGACACGUAUUGGGAGGGGAAGGAGCAGGAGGUAGACACUCCGCCAAAGUUUGAACCUUCUCCCCAAUCGUCUGAAAGUCUACAAGAUCCUGUGAGUGCAACUACGCCGGGGUUCUCUGAGAGGAGCGAUCCUAGUUUGCUGGAACCACAAGGAUCUCCUGCUGUUUCGGAGGACUGGGGGACAAGUUAG